GAUCAACAGAUUGGGUGGCGCGGCCCCUGACAGAUUGGCGAUUCGAGUGACUUCUGCGGAGCCAGUGUGUUCGUUUUCACGCUACCUGUCAAGUCUCACCAAACACCUCGGUCCAGAAGCACGAGAGAGAGAGAGAGAGAGAGUGAGGGGGGAUCUCUGACGGAGCACGCAGCAGCAGAGCGGUUUGAACAGUGUCUUUGGCGUUGUCUCUGACUGAGGGGGUUUGGAUGAACCAGAGAUGUCGGCCAUGGUGCAGCAGACGCCCAAGUUGCGGGCCAGCGAGGUCUGGGCACUCUACGGAGGGGAGCUGGAGUACUGCCUGGGUGGCGAGGACGGAGAGGAGCAGGAAGCAGAGUACUUUGAUCGGCAUUCUGAGCGCAGUGAUGGCCAAGCCUCUGUCGGUGAGCACCACUCUCCGUCUGCCCCGGCUGAGUAUGAGCUGGUCAGUCAGCACUCACAGGGUCUGGCCAGCCUCUCCGACCAAGACUACUACUCUCAGCUGGAGGCCCUGAAGAGAGUGCACCUGCAGAACAUAGCCGAACUGGAGGUCCUGUACCUCAACGAGCUGACGGCCAGCAAGGCCAAAGCGUCUCAGGCGACACAGGUGGAGGAUAAGGAUGAGAUAAACAAAAGUGCUCAGGAUGAGAGUGAGCCUUUGCCAGCUGGGCCAGAGACCAGCGCCAUCUCCAAACAGGACUUAGAGCUCGAGCAGAAGUCGGUCAGUGAGACAGACACACCUGGGAGCCAGGGGACAGACGGGGAGCAGAAGAAGAGGGAGGAGGAGGAGGAUGAGGAGACCGCAGAGAGCGCCAGCAAACAGAGCAGCGCAGAUGCCGCCAAUGAGGCUCAGAGUUCAAAGCCACAGGCGCAGCCAGAGCCCAUGGUCGUCGUCUCUAAGGCAACCCGCGCCGCCUCGAAGGACCGUUCGAGGGCUCCCAGCAGACGGUCCUCGUGGACGGAGCGUUCCGGAAGGCGCGUCAGCAGGCCGGUGACGGUGCCCAAGCCGUUCCAGAUGAUGGUCCGCGAGGACGACAAGAAGCGGCGCAACGUCAAGACGCGCUCGGAGGUGGUGCUGGAGAACACCCUGCUGCGGCGCGAGCUGGAGGAGAUGCGCGAGUGCCGGCGCCAGUUCCGCGCCGCGCCCGCCCCGCAGCGCACCCGCAGCCUCGGCCGCCUGGGCCGGACCACCUCCCUGGACCGCGCCUCCGACUCGAGCGGCUGCAGCGGCGGCAGCAGGAGCCGCAACGCCUCGCCGCAGCCCUUCAGCUUCAUCGAGCGCGAGCGCAAGAAGAGGGAGCGCAAGCUGGAGGAGGCGCUCCUCGGCGGCGUGGGCCCCCGCGACCAGCGCUUUGUCUUCAAGGCGCGGCCCCUGCCCCGCAUCUACAGGGCCUGCACCGAGGACUGCCAGCUGUUCGGGGCCGUGGAGAUGCACAGCAGAGACCAGGAGCAGCAGCAGCAGCAGCAGCAGCAGUACCGUGGGCCUCCAGCCAGCAGAGGGCUCCAAAGGCACGCAAGGAGAGUGCAGGAGAGGGAGGGAAUGGAAGUGGAUGUGGACACAAAGAAAUCCAAAGAGAAACCAGAGGGCCGAGAAGACCAAGACGAGUCCGUGGACGGACCGGAGAGGCCGAUACUAGACAACGCCAACUGGACGCUGAGGAGGAAGCCGUCGCUGGCGGGUAAGGCACUGCUGCUGGAGGGGGAGAGAGGCAGAGGAGUGCGGAGGGGCAGGGAGAUGGAGUGGUCCUACAUCCAGCCCAUCCAGCGCACCUGCAUCAGCCUGAACCUGGCCUCCUCCUUUUCCGUCAAGAGCGACUACAUCAGUGUGUGAGAGCCAGCCAGGACAUCAUGGUUUAUGCAAAGUGCAUACAAUAAAUGUGUAAAGUAGAAACUUUAAAAGUCAAGUUCAUAAUAUUCAGUUUUAGUGUUUUUUUUUAUUCAGGUACUACAUGUCCUUAUAUUGUUUUUCAUGUGCAAAAUAAAGCAGUUAUCUUGAUGUACAUUACACAAUGUGUUGAUUAGGAAUUUUGUAAACUAACUGAAAGUA